AGGUAUUGUGCAGGGUGUGUUUGGCCCUCCAGGGUUCCUGAUGCUUUGGGAUGCUUGGACCUGUUUUCUUUUCUUCAGCUGUUCAAGGCUCAGCUUUGGGUUCCCUAUCUCCUCCCAGCUCCUUGCCCAAGAGGAUCAGGAUCCAGGAGGAGUCAAAGGAGAGUGUCUCCCCUGUGCAGAGAGGACAGAUACCAACCACUGAGCUGUAAAUGCCUACAGUGUGUGAUGCACAGUGUAGCAUGGAGGGCAGUAAGAGCGGAUGCCUGGAUGGAUGGUGAACCUCUCUCAAAGUGCAGAGGGACAUCAAGUACUGGUGUUGUACACAGAGGAAAUGGCAGAGAGAUACUGCCACCAUGGAGGGGAUUGUGACCAUGUAUCAGGACUUCAUGAAGAAAGCAGACCCCCGCAUUGCUGAUUAUCCACUGAUGCAGUCCCCGUUCCUUGUGAUGGGCAUCCUUCUGGCAUAUGUCUACUUUGUACUAUCCUUGGGUCCCCGGCUAAUGGCCAACAGAAAGCCUUUAAACCUGAAGAAGUUCAUGGUGCUAUACAACUUCUUUCUGGUGGGACUCUCACUUUACAUAGUCUAUGAGUUCCUGAUGGCAGGGUGGCUUACUGGUUACACCUGGCGAUGUGACCCUGUGGACUUCUCGCAGGACCCCAAGGCCCUCAGGAUGGUCAGUGUUGCUUGGCUCUUUGUCUUCUCCAAGUUCAUUGAACUGACAGACACGGUGAUCUUUGUCCUGCGGAAGAAGAAUGAACAGGUCACAUUCCUGCACCUCUUCCACCACUCUGUUCUGCCUUGGAGCUGGUGGUGGGGAGCAAAGUUUGGUCCAGGGGGAAUGGGCUCAUUCCAUGCCAUGAUCAAUUCCAUGGUGCAUGUUGUCAUGUACUUCUACUAUGGACUCUCAGCAGCAGGACCUGCCUUUCAGAAGUACCUGUGGUGGAAGAAGCACAUUACAGCCAUCCAGCUGGCACAGUUUGUGAUUGUCUCCAUCCACAUCUCCCAGUAUUACUUCAUGCCCAGCUGCCAGUACCAGUUCCCCAUCUUCAUCCACCUCAUCUGGAUUUAUGGGACCAUCUUCUUCAUCCUCUUCUCCAACUUCUGGUACCAGUCCUACACCAAGGGCAAACGGUUGCCCCGGGUGGCUCAGCAAGCAGUCCAGCACAACGGUAGCAGCAUCCAUGAGAAUGGCACUGUCACCAAUGGCAAGGUCAAAGCCAACUAGAGGGCAAGGCCCUCCCAGAGCCAAUGAGAGCCCCGGGGCAGAGGCAGCUGGGACCUGUUCCCCUGCUCCUGGGUGCCACUAGCCAAGUCAAGUGCCUACAGACUGUUGUACCCCUGUGCCCAGCCCUGCUGUCCUCUGUCUGCAUGCCCAGCCCCUCUGCUCUGAGCAGUCAUGGGCAACUUCUCCUGCUCCUGGGAGGGCCUGUGCUGUUUCUUGGUGUUGCUGAGCAGAGAGGCAGCUGCCUGCAUCACAGCUGUGGGGCUGCAGUCCCAUUCCAGUGUUUCCAAAGGAACUUCCCCAAGUGCCUACAUCUGGCCCUUCUGCCUAGGGGCCACUUCCUUCUGAGUAGGACCAAAAGAAGAGACCGGUCCCUGUCCUGGUGCCCUGUCCUCUUCCCUGUCUCAUCAGAGCCUGUGUGGAUGAGCAGACUUGUCCCUGGCUGCUUGAUGCUGCCAGCUGAAGCGUGAGUGCUUCUGCUCUACCAUGCCUUGUGCUGCUUUGUUCCAUGCCACAGUGCUGCAUGUCCCUUCUGGUCCCUGUGCACCCAGGUUGGGGGUUCUGCCCUGGCAUAUCUGCUCAGGCAUGGCUGUGGAGAAUGUAGGGGCAGUGCAUAUGGGACUUGAGGGCCCAGACCUGCCCAGUACAGUACACAUGCCCGGUGCCUAGUAUGUAGCAGGGGUUGUGACAGCCUGAAAUGCCUCCCCCACAUGAUAAGCCCAGGUUGCCUUGCCUUUCUGUGCCUGGGCUGGGUGCUUGGUGUGUGCUUUAGCCACACUUGCCUGAUCCUUUAUGGCAGCUGGUGGGUUGCUCUAGGGUGGGGGAGGCCAAGCUCAGCCUUGGUUUGGACCACUUCCAUUCCUGCAAACUUGAGCAAUAAUUGCCCCUAGAAUCAGCCCCUGGGCUCUCCUGCUUGGGACCAGCCCUGCUCUGGCCCAGCAUGAGCACAGCAGAGGAUGGUUGUAGUGUGCCCUGCUGUGGUGUAACAGUGAGCACCUCUUGCCUCUGUGGAUCUGACUGGGCCUGGGUGAAGGUGUACUCUACCCUACUGCAGGGCAGUGCAGCAGCUCUCCUGGGCCUGGUGCCCAUCACCUGCUCUGGCUGUAACCAAAACCAUGCUGAUGGCCUUGAGGAUGAGGUGAAGGAGCCAGGCCCUGUCAGAUUGGGCUGCUCUUCUAUCACAAAUAAACAGACAGAAGGAGAAAUGGC